AUGAGCUACUACGGCAGCUACUACGGAGGCCUGGGAUACGGCUGUGGAGGCUUCGGCGGCCUGGGCUGUGGCUGUGGCUGGGGAGCCUACAGAUAUGGCUGCUCUCGUCCCUGUUACUAUGGAAGAUACUGGUCUUCUGGCUUCUACUGA